GUGGGGUAGUUGGCGGGUGGUUGAGUAGAGCCGGUCGCCAUGUCCGCGGGGAGCGCGACACAUCCUGGAGCUGGAGGGCGCCGCAGCAAAUGGGACCAACCUGCUCCAGCCCCACUUCUCUUCCUCCCACCGGCGGCCCCAGGUGGUGAGGUCUCUAGCAGUGGGGGAAGUCCUGGGGGUGCCACAGCUGCUCCCUCAGGAGCCUUGGAUGCUGCUGCUGCUGUGGCUGCCAAGAUCAAUGCCAUGCUCAUGGCCAAAGGGAAGCUGAAACCAACACAGAAUGCUGCUGAGAAGCUUCAGGCCCCUGGCAAAGGCCUAACUAGCAAUAAAAGCAAGGAUGACCUGGUGGUAGCUGAAGUAGAAAUCAAUGAUGUGCCCCUCACGUGUAGGAACUUGCUGACUCGAGGACAGACACAAGACGAGAUCAGCCGACUUAGUGGAGCUGCUGUGUCAACUCGAGGGAGGUUCAUGACAACUGAGGAGAAAGCUAAAGUGGGACCAGGGGAUCGUCCAUUAUAUCUUCAUGUUCAGGGCCAGACACGGGAAUUAGUGGACAGAGCUGUAAACCGAAUCAAGGAAAUUAUCACCAAUGGGGUGGUAAAGGCUGCCACAGGGACAAGUCCAACUUUUAAUGGUGCAACAGUCACUGUCUAUCACCAACCAGCACCCAUUACUCAGCUGUCUCCAGCUGUUAGCCAGAAGCCUCCCUUCCAGUCAGGGAUGCAUUAUGUUCAAGAUAARUUAUUUGUGGGUCUAGAACAUGCUGUGCCCACUUUUAAUGUGAAGGAGAAAGUGGAAGGUCCAGGCUGCUCCUAUUUGCAACACAUUCAGAUUGAAACAGGUGCCAAAGUCUUCCUACGGGGCAAAGGUUCAGGCUGCAUUGAGCCAGCAUCAGGCCGAGAAGCUUUUGAACCUAUGUAUAUUUACAUCAGUCAUCCCAAACCAGAAGGUCUGGCUGCUGCCAAGAAGCUCUGUGAAAAUCUCUUGCAAACAGUUCAUGCUGAGUACUCUAGAUUUGUGAAUCAAAUUAAUACUGCUGUACCUUUACCAGGCUAUACACAACCCUCUGCUAUAAGUAGUGUCCCUCCUCAACCACCAUAUUAUCCAUCCAAUGGCUAUCAGUCUGGUUACCCUGUUGUUCCCCCUCCUCAGCAGCCAGUUCAACCUCCUUAUGGAGUACCAAGCAUAGUGCCACCAGCUGUUUCAUUGGCACCUGGAGUCUUGCCAGCAUUACCCACUGGAGUCCCACCUGUGCCAACACAAUACCCGAUAACACAAGUGCAACCUCCAGCUAGCACUGGACAGAGUCCGAUGAGUGGUCCUUUUAUUCCUGCUGCUCCUGUCAAAACUGCCUUGCCUGCUGGCCCCCAGCCCCAGCCCCMGCCCCAGCCCCCMCUCCCAACUCAACCCCAGGCACAGAAGAGACGAUUCACAGAGGAGCUACCAGAUGAACGGGAAUCUGGACUUCUUGGAUAUCAGCAUGGACCCAUUCAUAUGACUAAUUUAGGUACAGGCUUCUCCAGUCAGAAUGAAAUUGAAGGCGCAGGAUCGAAGCCAGCAAGUUCCUCAGGCAAAGAGCGAGAGAGGGACAGGCAGUUGAUGCCUCCACCAGCCUUUCCAGUGACUGGAAUAAAAACUGAGUCUGAUGAAAGGAAUGGGUCUGGGACCUUAACAGGGAGCCAUGGUGAGUAAGGUGGAGCUGGGGGAACAGGGGACUAAGUAGGACUGGACUCAAGCUAUAAGUUUUCCUAACCUGAUAUUCAUUCAGGUGUUUAAUCCACCCUCUAUAAUCUACUGUCUAAUGAGAAUACUUUUUUUUUUUUUUUAAUAAGGACAGCGUAUAGUUACAGCCUUUUAUUUUCAACCGACGUGUGUCUAGAAAAGAAUCAGUCAACUUAUUUUAUAUGUAGCAUCAGUGACAUUAAAACCCUAGGAAAUACUAAUAAUUGGUAGGUCAUUUCAAAAUUCUAUUGCUAAUGUCGUCUGAAUACCUGGAGGUGAUCUCAUACAGAUUUAAUAGAUUUUAUUUUCCUUUAAAAGAUCAGUUUCCUUUGUAUUGGGAACUGAAGCACAUCUCCCUGGCAGCCUGUGGCUGCCACAACAUUCCCAAACUCUAAAUCCAUAGUGGUGCAUGGGGUCAUUUUGGUUCUUUGUCUGUAGUCAUAAUAAAAAUGAACAGAAGAAAAUACAUAUUUUUCUUUUCUUAACUUCCUUUCUUUUAACUCUUUAAAAGGUGAAUAUCAGCCCCCAAAGACUCAUUUGCUAACUUUCCUUUUUUUCUUUUUUCUUUUUUUUUUUU